UAAUUGACGUCAUUCGGUAUUGUCUUGAUAGAUUUGCUGCUGUUUGAGUUGCUGGUUUUGUAGUUCGUAUUGGCAAAAAUGCCGCUUCCCGUGCAAUUGUCGUUAACUCAGAGUUCGGUCGAACCUAUGCAAGUUGAUGCACCACCAGAUGAGAAUGAAGCGCCUGAAGAAGAAGCUUAUAUAGUAGACAAUCCUACAUUGGAUUUGGAAUCAUAUGCUAAUAGUUACACGGGGUUGGCUAAAUUGUACAGAUUACUUUAUAUAGCUGAUCAUUGCUCAUCUCUACGGGUUGAAGCAUUGAAAAUGGCACUUUCUUAUGUUCAAAAUACGUAUAAUGUUAGCAUGUAUCAACAUAUUCAUCGGAAACUUGUGGAAGCUUCGGGGGCUUCAACUUUACCUGAUGUUACUGGUAUCAACAGUACUGCUUUGCCUUUAGAUACACAGUGGAUUGAGACAAAAGGAAAGAAAGCAGCUCUAAAGUUGGAAAAAUUAGAUACAGAUUUAAAAAAUUAUAAAAGUAAUUCUAUCAAAGAAAGUAUAAGGCGUGGCCAUGAUGAUUUAGGAGAUCACUAUUUAGAUUGCGGCGAUCUUAGUAAUGCCCUAAAAUGUUAUUCUCGAGCAAGAGAUUAUUGUACAAGUGGAAAACAUGUAGUCAAUAUGUGUCUUAAUGUUAUUAAGGUUUGUAUUGUCAAAUUAAUUUUAAUAUUAAUAAUUAUAAGUUGUUAUAUAUCAGACAUGGGCUCAACUCUAUUGUCUUCAAAUAAUGUUGCCAUGUAUGGUGGUCUUUGUGCCCUAGCAUCUUUUGAUAGACAAGAAUUAUUAAAAAAUAUUAUUUCUAGUAGUUCUUUCAAAUUAUUUUUGGAACUAGAACCUCAAUUAAGGGAUAUAAUAUUUAGAUUUUAUGAAUCUAAAUAUGCAUCGUGCUUAAAACUUUUAGAUGAAAUAAAGGACAAUCUAUUAUUAGAUAUGUAUCUUGCUCCACAUGUUGCUACACUUUAUACUCAAAUUAGAAAUAGAGCAUUAAUCCAAUAUUUUAGUCCUUAUUUAUCUGCUGAUAUGAAUAAAAUGGCAGCAGCAUUUAAUACAACGAUUUGUGCUUUAGAAGAUGAAUUGAUGCAAUUAAUAUUGGAUGGUCAAAUUCAAGCUCGAAUUGAUUCUCAUAAUAAAAUACUCUAUGCCAAAGAUAUAGACCAAAGAAGUACAACUUUUGAGCGUUCUCUUGCUAUGGGAAAAGAGUAUCAGAGAAGGACAACAGCAUUAAUUUUACGAUCUGCAAUGUUAAAAAAUCAAAUUCAUGUAAAGGUAAAUAGUUUUUUAUUAAAUAAAAAUAUUUUUUCUUUUGUUUUUUUAUUUGAGAAAAUUAGCAUAAACAAUGAUCAAUAAUGAGCAUGAACAAUUCAAAAUAAUAUAGAUACUUGUAUAUUAUUUGGAUUUUUUCUGAUUACUCCAUCAGCAUAUAUUGUUGGACAAAACAUAGAGUAUGUUUUAUUCCACAAUAUAUUGACACAAUGAUUUGACAAUUAUUUUAAUUAUUUGCUAAUUCAACACAUAUCCCAAAAAUAGUGACUCUGAUACAAUAUAGUUUUUCAUUAGUUUAUGAAAAUUAUUAAAUUGUUGCCUUCAAAAUAAUCAUCUGUUUUGAAAUAUAUUUCUUUCAUGUUUUUUAUUAAUGGCAAAAUUAUUCAACAUAUUUUCACAACAUGACCAAUCUCAAUUUCUCUGUAUGCCAAAUCGUCAUUUAAUUUUCUGAAUCAUUCCAAAAAGAUAUUGUGUAUAUGGUAAAUCAGAUGUAAUUAUAAUUAUUAUUUUUUCCUCUAAGCACAAUAUUAAAAUGAAAGAAUAUGACAAUGUCCAUCAACUAACUUAGUUAAUUUUGUGUUCAUGAUAAUUUUCCUAAGAAUACAAAGUAAUUUUCAAAAUUUAAAUUUUAAUAUUUAUUUAUUUUGAUAAGUAAGCUUACUUAAACUCCUUACACUAUGUGGACUCUAAAAGGAUCUUUUUAAUCAUGUCUGUAAUGGAAGCAACUGAAUAAUGAUGAGGAAUGGUAUCAAUCAUAUCUAGAACUGACUAACCAAGAAAAAUUCCCAAUGUCCUUGACCCAGACUCAAAUCUGGGAUUCCCAGAGUGGCAGGUCAAUAGCUUUACAGCUUCGACUGAUUUUUUAUUGGAUCAAAGUAAAUGCUGGUUGUAAGUGGCAUUUAACCAUAUAUUAUGUCCACAAAAAAUAAAAAAGACAUACUGUCCUGUAUGAAUAUUUUUCAGUUAAAUUACACUCUUGAUUGAAUGUAAUGACUUUAUAUAUAGUUUUGACAGUAUCAAAUGGCAUAUAUCCAACUUCAAUCAAAAUUCCAAAUGUAAUUAUCAACUAGUAAAUGUUAAGUGACAGCAGUGGUAAAGUACAUGUCCCUUUCUCGGAAGGUUCUGAGUUCAUGUUCAGUUAGCAUGUCAGAAAUUUUUCAUGAGUGAUCUGGCCAUGAUAUGUUAUGUCCCACCCUUCCCUACUAAGAUUCUUUUGUUGUAAUAUGACUGUAUAAUGAAUGAAAGAGUGUGACAGAUUUCUAUUGCAAUGGGCUUGUUCAAAGGCACUUUUUUUAUGCCUGCAAGAUUGAGACAAUAAAAAGAUUAAUAAAUAAAUGUCAGCAUUGAGUUCAAAAGGC